GCGAGUGCUAGAAAGAUCGGACAAACGGCCUUGACGUAGUAGCAGCAAUCCAACCACAAGUCUGACCGCUCCAUUCGUCCAAGUGUCACCAAGUAAGCGAUGGACUCAUUGGACAGUGAAGACACGAUCCACCGCCCUCUCUUGUUUGGCUCGGCGGGGUACUCCUCGUCCCAGAUGCUUCUCGACGACUUGGCGUUCCAACAAAACCGAGAGCAACACAACUUGGGCGAAGCCGAGCAGCCGCCGCCCAAUCCAUUGCUCCAAGGGCCAUUGGCACCGCGCCUUCGUCUGGAAACGUUGUCAUCGACGGCAGCUUCCGCGGUUCUAGGUCUCACUUACGUGGCAUUUUGCUUGGCGAUCGUGCUUCCGUACCUGCAUACCAGUGGUUACCUUUCCAAGACCACACGGAUUCGCGUAGGCGGAACGUCUGUCGGGGGAGUUAUGUUCCCCGCAUCUCCACCAAACCGCGUGCACAUACAUCGACGUGCAUCCCGGCGGCAGCGGCAACACUGCAUGGUGGUUGGCCAAUGUGAGCAACGUAUCAUGGCUUGCAGGCUCAAUGUCUCUCGACAUGGAGCUACGUGGUGUGAACGUCUCGACAGGGUCCAGCUUUGUGCUCGAGUACGACGUGUAUGUGUACGGAGGUGGUCAUGCUGCGUCGGCGCAGCAUCCUUCUUCCAGCGAUUACAUAUUCGCGCGACGGAACCAAAGCGUGUGGCUCCACUGCCCCGACGGCCAAUGCGGUCGAACGUCCCUCUUUGACGUCUCCCAGGACAACGAAGGCUUGGGUGGCACAGGCUACGGAUCGUACCUACUCGUUAUAGUGUAUCAUGGGUACUACCCACACUUGUUUGCUCAAUCGGUCCAGUACCUGUUCUCCUACACCGCCCCAGUAAUGCACGCGAGCGAGCUGGCCCUGCGCACGAUGCUGGUGGUUGCAACCUUGGUGUGGUUGCCGUACUGGACCUAUCAUACGUUCGAGCGGUCGUCGUCGUCGUCUGUUCGACCGAUUCAAACCCGGGUCUUGUGGCUCGGGCUUGUGCUACUGGUGUACCAGAACCCGAUCUUCAUGUUUGCGCAGUGGUUCCAAUCGGUCUCCGACGCCACUCGCUUCGCGUCGGACAUGUGCGAGGCGGUAGCCACCGCGUCGUGGCGGGUGACGUGGUUGUUUCUGAUGGACCAUCCGCUAAACGCUUCGACGUCUUGGUGUGUGAGCAAAUCACUCGCGUUUGGGCUCGUACAAGUAGCGACUGCCGCGUCCAUGUGCAUCUUGCGGUUCCCCCAGCUGUUUGCCAUUGGCCAGCACGAAACGCUCUUUAUCUUGUUGGGGGUGAUGGGCAUUGGACUUACGUGGACAUGGCUGCUCUGGUUGCGCUCGAUUUGCAGGCGCACCAUGGCUACCCUCAACGACAAGCUCCUGUACAUGACCUCUCGGGACCACCAAUUGAGCUACCGGUUCCUCUUCCUCGAACUCGUGCUCGUCAUGCUGUACGUGGGCGGGACGUCCGUCGGCCACGUGGCCAUGCUGCUUCGGGAGUGGGUUGUGUAUGGCACAGCUCCGUUUCUACAGGCGGCUGUGAGUUCAUUUUCGACGCGCGUGGUGCCACUGGAGCACGAACUGUUUGUGAGCAUGGUCGUGUACAUGGCAAUGGUCGCGCACUUGCCUCCAGCGGCGUCUGCUUCGUCGACGGCGCGGUUUUACAUUGAAGAAGCGCAUGCUGAAGCCUCCAGACAACAGCAAUAUCCACUGGCUUCUUCCCAUCAUCACAACCACCAUUUCCAUACGCGUCAAAACGACCAUGAAGACAUUUCAAACGUGUUUUGCCUUGAAACAGCAGAGUGGCUCGUACAGCUGGCGUGGCAAGCGUACAUGGACCCAUUGGGCAACCCGAGCGCGUCGGGCAACGGCGUCCAGGCGCUGGAAACAUUUGGGUUUGACCUGAUUGUCCACUUGCGCCACGAACUGCUCGACACGCAAGCGAUCGUGUGCAUGCAUCGGACCAAGAAACGUCUGGUCGUGGCCUUUCGAGGGUCAGUGAGCAAGGCUCACUGGAAAACCAACUUGCGAUUCCACCAAGUGCCGCUGUGGAUUCACUCCCUCCAAGGCUUCAACAGACACUCCCGACGGUCAACAUGCAACGACCGGGCGCUGCGGUGGGCCUCUCGCGUCCCGGUGCUGAAUUUGGCCCUUCCCCGAGUUCACAGCGGGUUUUGGAAAGCAUAUGCUGCGGUGCGGUCCGAUUUAAAGGAAACGCUGCGGUUACUACUGGAUGACCAUCCCGACCUGACGCUGUACAUCACGGGCCACAGCAUGGGGGGGGCGCUGGCCGUGCUGGCGGCGUACGACUGCGCCAGGCAGUUCAACAUUGCCGUGUGCAUGUACAACUUUGGGGGGCCGCGGGUGGGCAACCCAGCAUUCGUGAGGCAGUACAAUCGAGCGGUCCCGAAUAGCCACCGCGUGGUGCUGGACGGGGACUUGGUCGCUGGGAUUCCGCGCUUUUGGGGGCUAUAUCAACACGUGGGCACGGAGAUUGCCGUGGACGAAGGGGGGAAUUUGAUUGUCGACCCCAGCUUUAUCGAGCGGCGACUGCAUCAACGAUCCAAGACGCGUGUGGCGGUGCACGGGAUGCUGGUGUACCGAAGCGUGCUGCGGAAAUGCUUUGAUAAUUUGCAGCUUUAACAAAAAGCUACUGUAUUAUCUAUACUAUUAUAGUAUUUAC